UGCAGCGUGACCCGUGGAGCAGCUCGUAGCGCGGCUGUGUCGGUCCUCCGCAUGGAUAUGAAGAACAUGAGAGAGUAUAUGGGCUGGCUGUACUAUCAGUACCUGCUCAUCACAGGCAUCUAUGUGCUGGAGCCGUGGGAGCAGUCCAUCUUCAACACGCUCCUCUUCACUAUGGUGGCCAUGGUCAUUUACACCUCCUAUGUGUUUGUGCCUAUCCACGUGCGGCUGGCGCUGGAGUUCUUCUCUGAGCUGGUCCGAGGGCAACCGGAGAGCACAGUGGCCCUCAUGAACUCACGAUGAAGGAAAGACGUUUUUAUUGAUCUGCUGUGUGAUUAUUGGCUUGAAAACUCUUGUUAAUUUUUCCACUCAGGAACAAGCUCUUCAAGUCUUCCAUAUUUACAUGGAUUCCUGCCCCAUCCUGGUAUUUGUAUGCAAAGAUUUGGAUGCAUUCCUGCGUGAUUGCCGGUACUGAGGUUUUGCAUGAUAUCACCCAUCUCGUACGGACACUUCUUUGCGAUUAACGUCCUCGUCAUCACUGGUUGAUAAAAAGGAAAUCAUAAUUUUGACUCCAUAGGAGUCCCUGAUCAGACUAAGGAGUUAUUAUUUACUCCAGUUUUUUUUUUAUUACUGCAUGCUGAAUUUUAUAUUCUGGAAUUUUUGUAAUCACCUAUGCAAUGUGACUGCUCUACAUGAAGGUAUAUACAUGUUUAUUUUGAAUACAGGUUCCUGCACUUGAUCGCAAAUCAGUAGGCCGUCAAUGGAGCCCAUUUUAAACACCUGUGUUGAUUGCACCAUUGUUCUGGUGGUGGUGGGAUCGUCUUCCAUCAUUUCUUUAGUCACUGCUGCUGAUAUCAAAUUGCAUGCACAAAAAUGUUUGCAUGGAAUCUGUGCCCUGCAGAUCUGGAACAAGUGUCAUUCACAAAAUUUUUAGGCACUUAUACUUAAUACUUAAUAUGGUUAAUAUUGUCAGCCACUAAAGGAAUGUAGUUCUCUCAGCUCAGUUGAUCACAUUUUACCAUGUUUAAAUCCAUUUCACAGAUUUCCUAGUUUGGAUUUCCUAUU